CAGGUUUGUGUGUGUGUGAAUCUUUGACUCUUUGUGUUUCCCUCAGCUGUCGGUCUGGUUGUGUUUUGUUAGGCGUGAAGUUCCUGUACCAAAGGAUUGUUCCAGUUUAGCUAGCUCCAGUUUUAAAUCUCCACUUGGGACCGGUGAGCCCUGAGCCCCUGUUCACCUGAGAGCAUACUGUAGCCAGAGUCAGCGGGAUGGAGGAGGAGGCCAGGUGCUUCCUGGUGAAGUUUGUGGAGGAGUUCCCAGCUCCUCUGGAGGAAGGCAGUCUGCUGCCUGUCAGCCUUCUGAGCCGCAAAGUCACCCUGGAGGAGCUGCAUGGAGAGAGCCUGGAGCUGGGUAUGAGGCUGCUGGCUGCCAGGGGUGCUCCUGCAGGCCUCAGUGCCCGUCUGUGCCAGGCAGCGCUGUCCCAGCUGCUGCAGAGUGACCUUUCACCUCUCCACUGCCCCCAGGAAGCUGAGGACAACCAGGAAGAGGAGCAGCAAGUAGUCUUGCUUCAGUCAGAGGCAGUCCAGCGUCUCUUCCUCAACAAGCUGAUAAAUGUGACACUGGCGUGGCAUCAAAAUUUCCCCAAACUACCCCCCUCCUCCUCCUCCUCCCGGUUCCUCCACUGCUCCGUUCACGCCAUCAAGAACACGAGGAGGAAGAUGGAGGACAAACACUUGGCCCUGGCUGAGUUCAACCAGCUCUUUGGAAUCACGGAUGGAGCGGAGUGUGCCUACUACGCUGUGUUUGACGGCCACGGAGGGGUCGACGCUGCCACCUACGCUGCCACUCACCUCCACGUUGCUCUGAGCAAACAGGAGACACUGCAGAGUGACACAGCCACAGCCUUUAAAACUGCCUUCAAACACACAGAUGACAUGUUCAGGGCCAAAGCCAAGAGAGAGCGUCUGCGGAGCGGCACUACGGGUGUGGCGGUGCUGAUCCAGGGACAAGAGCUGACUGUGGCUUGGCUGGGAGACUCUCAAGCAAUGCUCGUCAGAAAGGGACAAGAUGUAACACUCAUGGACCCCCAUAAACCAGACAGAGAGGAUGAGAAACAGAGAAUUGAGGAUCUUGGUGGCUGUAUCACCUUCAUGGGUUGCUGGCGUGUUAAUGGCACCUAUGCAGUAUCCAGAGCUAUAGGUGACUUUGACCAGAAGCCCUAUGUGUCUGGAGAUGCUGACUGCUUGACAACCCAGCUGUUGGGGGAUGAAGACUAUGUGCUGCUGGCGUGCGAUGGCUUCUUUGAUGCAGUCAAACCUGAGGAGGUCCCACAUCUGGUCCUGCAUGCACUCCAGCAGUCUGGUGACCCCGAGGACGGGGGAGAGGCUCUGCUGGAACAGUCUGAGGACACUGUUGGGCUUAGAGUCGCUCAACAGUUGGUAGCUCAUGCUAAAGCAGCCGGUUCUAGUGAUAACAUCACAGUGAUGCUGGUGUUCCUGCGUCCACCGGAGCAACUGCUGCUGCCUCAAAACACCACCACGGGACCUGCACAUGCUACUCAGGACCAAGAUGCACCACAGCAGUGAAGCAGGAGAUCUGCUGCUUAACCACCACUGUGCCAAGCUACUGCCUGACUCAGCAUUUCUAAGCCUAUUUUUGUCCCAAAGAGCUGUCAGACAUCCUGCAGACUGACAAAGCUCAUUGAUGCUAACAAAACACAUGAACACAGCAGGGUGGAGUCACACUCUGUCACCGCUCUGGAGGAAAAGUGUUGAUUCAACUGUAUUUAAACAAGGUUUGUUAGAUGAUGCAGGGCCAGGUUAAAGUAGAAGUAGGCAGUAUAUUUUUAGCAUCAUUGGGCAACAAAUUCCAUAAUAACCUUUCAGCAUAUUGUAAUUCAAGUGUUCUGAGAGAAAACUAGACUUCUGCUCCUCCUCAUGGCUCUGUUUUCAGGC